AUGACUUCAGGUAAGCUUGAAAAUCCUUUGAAAUUAAAUCUGAGCGUUGUUACCGAACUUGAUAUUCCUGAAUCCAAACGAGUCACAUAUUUAUCAAUAAAUGUUGUCAGUGCCGUCAUCAACGGGCUAUUGUUAUGUAUUUGGUGGUCAACUUCUAUUUCCAAAGUAUAUCUCGUUUUUGCCCUGAGUAAUCUUUUCCAAAUUUUGAUUUCGAUAGCUCUUAUUGAAAUCAACAUAUCAUGGUACAAUGUUAGUUGGCAAGGGAACAGAUUGCAUAACUUGUUUGUAUUAUCAGCUUCUUUUAUUUUGGGCCAGUCCAUGAUGGGAUUGUUAAUUGCCUUCCUUAUCAAUCCGAAAAAUCGUUUGAAUGAUGUCAUUGGAAAGAUGGUAUUUUUAUUCGACAUCGUGGUGGUCUUAUUCACAUUAUUGGUUCUAGGAUGCAUGGUCACAGCUGCAGUAUAUACUGAUUUCAACGGAGGUGAUCUAGAUGAUCUAGGUGAUCUAAUUGAUUUCGGUGAAAUGCCAGUCAGCGUUGCUAUAUUAUUUGCUUGCACUACCGCGUUGAAUGUUAUAAUCUUUGUAUGUACGAGAUACUUCCGUUUGCGUACUUUUACUGAAAAGAUACACGUUGAAGAAUAUAAUCUUAAUGAACUUACUCCCUAUCAGAAACAAGGAUGGGCCAAGUUAAUUGAUAUGAACAAGAAAUAUAACGCAGGAACUUCUGGGGAUCAAGUCGUAUCGUUGAUGGAAAACUAUACCAAUUCCAAGUUACAUGGUAUGAAAUGUAAGGUAUUACGAGUAUUUAGAGAUCAUAAUGUCAUUGAUCAUAAUCAAAGUACCGAGAAGCCUAAGCAAAGACCAGAGCUCAGUAAUCGUACAUUGAGCACCGCCUUCAAGACAUUGGAUCGAGAAGUAACUUUGUUCCAUGCAAACACUUUGAGUGAUUCUGAUGAAAAUAUCAAAGACUUGGAAGAGAAAUAUAAACCAUUAUCAAAGAAUCAACUCAAGAAAUUGGCCAAAAAGAGCAAGCAACAGAAACAAUUGGAUGAUCUUAAGAGUUUAGAAAAUAAUACCGAAAAGUUCUAUCAAGAAUUAGUAACAACAGAAGCCUUAGUCAUGAUAACUAUAAUUGAAGAAUUCGAUUUAGCUGAAAGAAUCCCAGGAGGUCUAGGCCGCGUAUUAUCUAAAUGGUUUGGUAAAGACAGUCGGUUCCCUCUCUUAUGUAUCAAAUUUGGAUUGUUAGGAUUCCAUUGGCCAUUCAAGAGAUCAACCUUCUAUUGUAGUCAGACGAAAAAGCCAGUUGCAAGAGCUACUGCGGUCUUGUCAGCCAUUUCAAACUGGAACAGAUUGAAUGAAAAGUGUACCGUGUUGUUAGAUCCAAUGUAUGCCGAUCGUGAUUUCGAAGUAGGGAUCGACUAUUCAGGUUGGGUUAAGAUCAAAUUACCCAAUUCUCACGUUAUCGAUUUAAGGCCAUUCGCAAACAGUACACCAAAUGACUAUUUCAAAGCAAUUAAAUAUAGAAACCAAGAUGGAACAUUCAAACAGGCUAAAGGAGAAGUUCUUGAAACUGAUGUCUUCAAUUUUGAGAAUUGUCAAGAAAUCAUAGAUAUGAACCAGAAGAUUGCUAGUAAUAGACUGCUGUCGGGUCAAUCUUCACAAUUAUUGCAACCGGACUGGGAAUUCAUUUAUAAUCUUGGUAAUUACUCCAACGAGAAUAAGUAUAGAACAUUGAUGUAUUUGAAAGUGGAUGGGAAGAUAAUUGCAAGUUGUGUAUUGUUUAGACUAGGGGAAACUAUGACAUCUGAUAUUCAAGGUUUAGAUCAUGAGAUCUCCAAGAAAUAUAAGGCGUAUUUCGUGAUGAUGCAAGAAGUGAUUAAGAUUGGUAUGAAGGAACGAGUUAGUUUUAUUGAUUUUGGUCCAACUACAGAAGAACCAAAAUGUUCAAUUGGAUGUCACGUUGUACCUUUGACGGGAUGUUUAUAUCCUAAGAAUAAAUCGUUAGCUCCAAUUAUUAAGUUUGCUGCUAGUAAAGUUGAUGUAUAA